AUGACCACAAUUGACGAAAUGGACGAAUUUUUCAAUUUUGAGGAUGCCACCCAUUCGACCACUGAUCACUUCGAUUAUGACUUCAGUCAUCUCAAUGCCACUUCGAGCUUAGAUCCUUAUGAUAUCGACCUAACCCUUGCGGAUCCUGAAGGAGAUGAGAACCCAUUCACACGCCUUCAACAUUUCUCAGCUCCAGAAGAACAACAUUCCCAAGCUUCUGAAAAUGCAUUGGUCAAUACAUCGACUCUUGAUAUAACGGCCCUUGAAGCACACGACUUCCAAGAUUUUCCAAGGUGGAUUGAUGGAAUGUCAGAGCCUCCCAAGCCCUGUACACGAUGUCGCCAAGAGAACACUCAUUGCAAAGUUCUCAAAGAGGGUUUCCGUAAGGGUUCUUGCACAUGCUGUGUGGCGCUUGCGAGACAAUGCAGCUUAACACAAGAUUUGAAUAUCACGGGCAGAAAAUCAUAUGAUUAUCGUGCCUCUGGCAAAGUUAACGGUAUUGGCGACAGCCAGGGAAAUCGAGACAUCAACGAGGAAGAAAUCACAUCUUCAGUCAAGGAGUGUGAGCACUGCAGAGCAUGUGCUGAACCAUGCAAAGUAUUGUUAGAGGGAGAGAGUGUCGCUUCUCAAAAAAAUUGCCUGGUAUUGAACCAACCUUGUCAACACAGUGAUUGGCAGAUAGCGGAAGGUCUCCCUCAAUCCAAUCCUCUCAUAUCACCCAUGUCUCCUUUUGAAGGGUAUAAUCCGUACUCAGCAUCUCGAAACGAUUCUUCGACGGAUUUGUCAACUCUUAAAACUUCCACAGAAAAUCUCAUAUCGGACGUUGGGGAUAAUAGUCCUAAAGUCGGAGCGAGAUUCUCAAGACAGUCCGUACGAAUCCUCAAGGAUUGGCUCGGACUACAUCAUCAUCAUCCAUACCCAACAGACUCGGAGCGGGAGAUUCUAAUGUCCAAAACGGGAUUGAAUAAAACGCAAAUAACGAAUUGGCUCGCGAAUGCACGCCGAAGAGGGAAGACGAGACCGACGAUUACUCCGCCAACUGCGGGAAAUUAUGCAAAUGCCAUGGAUAUUCCAAGGAAAGCUACUCCUGCUUUGGAGCACAUGAAUCCUUUGGAACGUUGGAAGCACUCUCCACCCGAACAUGAACCUGCCUCGGCAACCGCUAUUGCAAAGGCCGUUACGGCUUCUAGUUACAAUUCUGGUAUGGAUAGUCCAUACACCAGUUACGCUGAUGAUGGGUCGAACCGAUCCCUUUACAAUGUAUCGUCGGCUAGUAGUUUGGGAACUUCUCACUCUAGCGCUGGUUCAUUUGCUUCGGCAUAUUCUCAUAGAUCUCGUGGAUCGUUUGGCUCUUUUGGUUCUUUUGGACCCAAAGGUAGACGUCGUCGUCGUCGACAAGCACCAAAACCAGCAAAAGUUAUAACUGCAGGUCCCGCCCGUACCUUUCAAUGCACUUUCUGUACCGAAUCCUUCAAGACAAAACAUGAUUGGCAGAGGCAUGAGAAAUCUCUACAUUUAUCCCUUGAGAGGUGGAUCUGUUGUCCCAAUGGCCCUAUACAAUACAACAAAGAGCAUGGACGGCCAGCUUGCGUAUAUUGCGAUCAUCCAAACCCAUCAGCUAGUCAUGCUGAAACACAUAACCAUUCAAGUUGUGCCGAGAAGUCAAUUGGAGAAAGGACAUUCUAUAGGAAAGAUCACCUACGACAACAUUUGAACCUUGUUCACGAUGCGAAGUUUGUUAGUUGGAGCAUGGACAGCUGGAAAGCAAUCACACCAGAAAUACGUUCUAGAUGUGGCUUCUGCGGCAUAGUGAUGGAUUCUUGGACGGCUAGAAUUGAUCAUUUGGCCGAACAUUUCAAAAGUGGAAAAAGUAUGGUUGAUUGGAAGGGUGACUGGGGUUUCGAACCACAAAUCCUCAACAUCGUUGAGAAUGGAAUUCCCCCUUAUCUGAUUCAUGAAGAACGAAUGACCAUGCGGCCUUUUGAAGCUUCGCAAAAUCUUUUAAAUGUGGAGCGCACACCAGAAAUCCUGAUCAAGAGCGGUCUCACCCAAUACGUGAAUGAUAAGGUUGUACAAGGCAUAACACCGACUGACAAAGAGUUGCUCGGUAUAGCACGCCAAAUAAUCCGCAAUUUGGAUGCUGUCUCUGAUUCGCGGCAUUAUUCCCAAGGCUCUUGGCUAAGCGACCUAAUCUUGUUCUCCAGGUUGGAUAUAUGCCAGACAGACAAACAAGAUGUCCUUGAAAUGACACCAAGCAAGUCAUUGGAAACAGUUCAACGCUCAUUGAUCGAUGCGACACCAUCAAUGCAUCAAUGUCCAAAAGAGAUAGCCCUACGGAAUUAUGUUAAUUCGAGACAAAUGCUUGGUCUAACUGCUACGGAUUCUGAACUACAAGUGGAAGCAUGUAGGAUUAUUGACGAAGCUGAAUUAACAGCCGCAGUACCUUGCAAAGGCGCUGUUUCGUGGUUCAAGUACCUGAUAAAGGAUUCGACUGGCUGGCUCGCUGAUUUCAGAAGGCGUGCAGGCCUGCCCAGGAGUUGUGAAAUGGCCAAUGAGGGUGUAAGAUCAAAGGACGAAACUUCUAUUGAUCAUGCCAUACACAACUACGCCCGACUAGAAGCAGAGAUGAAAGAUUAUGUGCAACUUCAAUUCUCCCUGGGUAUAAAGCCCGCAGAUUCUGAUCUUCAGCGACACGCUAGGCUCAUCAUUUAUGGAAAUGAUGAUCAAUGGAAUCAAACGUGGGCUGACGAUCCACUAUAUCUUCAUAUAUUCAAGACGAGAAACGGACUUGCGCCUGCGGCAGAAAAUAAACCUUCCGUUAUGUUUCCAACAGUGAUAGGUUCUCCUGAGCGAGCCGAAUCUCCAUCAAGAACCUCACAUUGGGAGUUGGAGAAUUACGAGGCUCAUAGUCGUCCAGGAAGUAAAGGGGAUUCGCCAAAUAUGAACUACAAUCAGCCCGUUCAUACACUUGAAGCAUCCAAUCAACCAUCUACAAACUCUAACCCUACACAACCUCUGAAGUACUUCCUCAACGAUGCAAAUUGUUACAAUCGAUUAGUCCGAGAACUUUCCAGAUUUGUGGCGAGAUGUAUGUCGCCAAAUAAUCCCAAUCAACAUAUUCCAACGGAUGCUGAACUUCAAAACCAAGCGCGCUGGGUAAUUUAUGAUGACGACGACCCGUGGAACCAGACCGCUGCUGACAACGCAGAGUGGUUAAUGCGAUUUAAACGUGAUGUCGGUCUGUCGCCUCAAGAAUCCGGGCCAGGUCUUCCCACAGCAAAUGUCUCCUGGAGAGUUUCUUCAGGCGGCUCAGGUUUCUAUCCACCUUACCUAAAUCCAGGAAAGAAUCUCAAGGCGUGUGAUACUGCAGAAAUAGAAGUCAAUCUUGCGAAAAUAGACGAAAGCGAGAAGAUGGUGAGGUUGAGAGGAGAAACCGCAAAUGGAUAUAUCAAAGGACUCAAAAAGCGAUAUAAGAUGCCCGCACACGUUUUCUGCUCGAGGGAGUUAGAAGAAGCAUUAGUCGAUUUGGUUAAGACAGAAAGAGAACAAGGCCGCGUCCCAACUGAUGGAUUAUUGAGGGCCAGAGCAAGGGAUGUUUUGAAUGUACCGAACACAGCAGCGGAUGACAAGGAACUUUUGGAGAAAUUCAAAACUCAUUAUGGAGUUCCUUCAACCGAUCAACAACAAAACCAUUCACCAUAUUCACAAACUCAAACGUAUCAACCACAAGCCCAAUCAAUACUCUCAUUUUCCACGCAACAACCUCCAGCUUUUCUCAACGAUGAUGAUUUAUUAGCUUCUUUCGAUGAGGAAUUAUUUGAUCCUUGUGAUAUGGACUUGGGGUUUGACACCUCAUCACCCGCCAACAUGGAUUUCCUCUCAAAUCAAGCUUCUUCUACGCUGGGACUAGUCGUUUCUGCACCACCAUUUACCGGUAUAACUGAGGGUGCUAUUAUGGAUUUCGAUAUGAACAUGAAUAUGGGGAUGGAAGAUCACAAUGCAGAACCAUGGGAUGAGCUGUCGAAUGGGAUGAAUGCCUUGAGCGGGUCAGGGGGAAUGGUGGAAAUAGACGAGGGUUUCAAUUUUGAAGGAUCUAGUGAGGAGGAAAUGAAUAAGCAAAUUGAAUUUGCUGAGUUGCACAGGGUUAAUACGGCUACAGCUAGUCCUUGGAGAAGGAGGGCAUCUGAAAGGUUGGCGAGAGGAAAAGGAAAUCCUGGGAAUGGUGAAGGGGAAGGUGGGAUGAAGGGGUAUGAUUUUUCGAGGGGAGGAAGGGAGAGGCUUUGGUGA